GCGGCGUCCGUACCGUUAGUUUGAAUAUUUGGCGCGUCCACGCUGCGUGCUUGAGUUUGUUGUGACGGCGAAGAUUGAAGAAACUGACAGGAUGGCCUCCUCCUCCUCCAGCACCGAUGAAGGAGCCUUCAAAACGCCUAAGAGUGUCCGAGUGAGGAGCUCCGGCAGCAGCGGGGCGGGGACGCCCAUCACCAUCCCCGCCUCGCCCUUCAUGAAGAAGCUGGGCUGCGGGACCGGGGUCAGCGUUUACCUCAUGAGCAGAAUGGAAAAGCUAAAUGCGUCACCGUGGGCCGUAAAGAAGAUCAACACCAAAUGUGCAUCCAAACAGAUGGCCGUUUUCCAGAAGCGUCUUAAUGAAGAGGCGGAAAUCCUGAAAGGAAUCAGUCACCCAAACAUUGUUGGUUUCCGUGCCUUCGCCACAGCGAACGAUGGUUCCAAGUGUCUGGCGAUGGAAUACGGAGGAGAGCAGUCCCUCAAUGACCUCAUAGAGGAGAGGAAGAACGGCGGUCUGGGAGCUUUUCCUGCUGCUCACAUAGAGAAAGUGGCGCUGCAUGUUGCUCGUGGCCUGCAGUAUCUUCACAAUGAGAAGAAGCUGCUCCACGGUGACAUGAAGUCCUGUAAUGUGGUCAUCAAAGGUGACUUUGAGACUGUGAAGAUCUGUGACGUUGGAGUUUCUCUGGAGCUCGAUGAAAACAUGAGAGUGUCUGACCCAGACGCCGAUUACAUCGGCACAGAGCCGUGGAAUCCGAAGGAAGCUUUCGAAGGAGAGGACGGAGAGAGAGGAGAGAUCACCGACAAGGCGGACAUCUUUGCGUACGGUCUGACUUUGUGGGAGAUGAUGACUCUGGCCAUGCCUCACCUGGACAUCUCGGAGGGGGACGAUGAUGAUGAUGAUGAAGAGGAUUCAAUGGAGGAGAGUUUUGACGAGGAUGCCUACUAUGAGCGUCUGGGGACGCGGCCGGUUCUGGACGCUGAAGCUCUGGGAAGUUCGUACCGGAGGGCGGUGGAGCUCUUCUAUCUCUGCACGGAGGAAGAGCCCAAGAAGAGACCGUCAGCAGCUCAGAUCGUGCAGGCGUUGGAGAGCAACGCCCCGCUGGAUAAGCCAUCCUGCGAUGUGAUUGUUAUCGACUGAGUUAUUCCUUUGUGCAUUUUCACUUUAGGAAUGUUUUACAGUAUUUAGUCUGCAAAAUAUAAAACAUUAAGUAAAUCAUUAUUUAUAUUCAAAUUUGCAGAAAUGACCCAAAUCCAAUGACGGUUCGAGUUUCACAAACUGAAACUAAACUUCAAGAAAUGUUCAGGUUUAGCUUCCGUGGAAAAACUCAUUUAUUGGUUAAAUUCUUCUCAGUUUGUUUGUCUCUAUUAUAUAUUCUUCCCACUAUAAUUGUUUUUUUUACUCGUUUGUAAAAUGUUCUUGUCUUGUAGUUUGUAUUUUCAACCCUGCAACUGUAAACCUUUUUUCCAGAUAUGAAAUUAAUGAUUGAGACAAAACUAUUUCUAAAGUCAAAAUUAAAGUCUU